CAUCAGGAAAAUUCCGACUGCAUGAGGAAAAUAGUAAGGUAUGUAGUAAGGGAACCGGUAGAGCAGGAGACAUCACUCCAACACAUGCGCCAGCUGUCGAAUGGGAAAACUUCAAAGGGGGAAGACAGGUGCGUAGCGGAGCGUACUAUAAGCUAGUUGUAAUGGCCAGAAGGGGUGACGGCCAGAGGUAGAAAUAAGGCAGCAGUGAUGCUACAAAAUUCUCGUAAUGCUGCUUGUGUUUGUCUACUCCUGUUUUCGUAACGGCUGACGAUGGAUACAGCCAUAUUUCUUGUAUUUUAUUUAAAGAAUCUAUGUUUUAUUUAUUCGCGUGGAAAAGAGUUAUCGAUUUGAGCAACUGAGGUUAUUAUUAUCGUUCAUUUUUAUGUGGAUAGUUUGAUAAUAGCGAGGCCACUUACAACGACGGCCCAAACAACGGCGCACGACCAACAGAGUGCCACAUGACAACAGCCUCGCCAACGCACGACAAUGCAACACAGCGAUGUCAACAACCACCAAGUCUAGGGAAACUGUCGCAACCACCCGACCAAAUGUUCCGCAUACCUGUCGAAGUCAAUGGCCGUCCAGCUAUCGCUCUCGUCGACACCAGAGCGAACCAGGUGUUUACACACCCAUCGCUAGUGCCUCCUGGCACCCUCCACCCACACCAUAGCGAUCUUCGACUGGCGACCACCACCCAUGCCAGCCAGAUGUUGGGAUACGCGGAUAUCAAGGUGAGCCUAAGGGAAUUGACUACUAAAGUGACUGCUGUCGUCAUAGAUUUGGGAGAGGAACUUGUGCUGGGGCAACCCUGGCUGGCUGAGCAUGAUGCCGUGCUGGAGAUGGGCCCUGCCAAAAUCAAUUUAGUACGAACCGAGAGGUUCGCGGUGUACGCAGUGGGCCGAGCAACCAUGCCGACAGGCACGACCGUGACCCUCAAUGACCUACGUCACAACGUACCCCCAAAAUUCAAUGACACAAUUAACAAAAUCCUCCACGAAUGGGAGGUUUUCACCACCACCGAGCUCUUAUGGCGCACAACAGUAGCGGAACACUCCAUAUCAACCACCACAGACCAACCUAUUUAUGAGGCACCAUGAGGUUAUGGUUUCAAAGAGCAGCGAAUCAUACACGAACAGGUCACAGAGAUGUUGCACAGUGGAGUAAUCGAACCUUCAAAUAGUCCGUACAAUGUGUGCAUUGUACAGGCCUCAAAAAAGGUGGCACAUUGCAUUUCUGUAUGGAUUUUCGCCCGCUCAAUGCCGUAACAGUUAGCUCACCACCCCCGCAGAUUAGCGUAGAGACAGCCGUGGCCGACCUCGGGAGAGCCCGUGUAUUCAGCACACUCGACCUAAAGUCGGGAUACUGGCCAGUACCAAUCAAACCCCAGGAUAGGGAGAAAACAGCUUUCACGGUCCCGGACGGCAGGCGAUUUCAGUAUCGCACCAUGCCCUUCAGCCUAAAAUGUGCACCGGCAACAUUCCAGGCCAUGAUGAUGAGAGUUUUGAAGGGGUACUUAGGCCAGUUCGCCCUCGCUUACCUAGACGACGUAAUCGUCUUCUCCGAGACAUGGGAAGACCACUGCCGAUACCUCGCGCUCGUACUCGACAGUUUCGCCACACACCACCUAACAGUUAAUCCGGCGAAGUGCCACCUGGGCACAGAGGAAGUCGAGUUCCUAGGGCACCUCGUCAAUGCAGAGGGGAACCAACACCAGGCAGGCCACCUGCAAAUAUCGCGACCGCCGAAGCCCCACAUAUGAGGAAACAACUACAACGAUUCAUUGGGCUAAUUAACUGGUUUAGAGUAUACAUAAUCAAUUUCUCCCAAAUAAUUGUACCGCUCACAGAUCUGCUGUCCCCGCAAAAAUGCUACCAAUGGAACACCGAAGCCCAACGGGCAUUCGAAGAGGUGAAGAGAAUGUUCACUAGGUGUCACAUGCUGGCACGCAUUGACCCCGAAUGCCCUCUAAUUAUUCAGAAGGAUGCCAGCGCCCUAGGGGUAGAAGCCAUACUUUUCCAAGUAGACGACCUCGGAGAGAAGCGUGUCGUAGAGUACACCAGCGCGAAGUUCGGGCCAGCAGAACGCAAGUACCAUAGCAUGUAUAUGGGAUCACGCCCUCAGGAUGUCUGGUACAAUAUUAAACAAUAAUUAAACUAAAAUAGUGCAGAUGUUCUUGCUCGUCGGGAAACUCUGUAAAAAUCCGCGAAUAUCACGAAUUAUGGAAUCCACCGCCCAUACCAUAAUAUAUAUCACAAAUCAAAGAGUAAAAACCAAUCUUCAAUUAUUCCGAUGAAUACACAAAUACAGAACCACCACUAAAAACAUAAUUGUAACUCACUGAACAUCCCGAAACACAAACCAUUCCAUUAAGAUAGGUAAUUACGUGGUAACAAAAUCAGUCACCACACGCUCAUAUAUGAACAUGUUUUGCUAAUAAUAUGCAAUAAUUGUUUAGAAUGAAAUCCAAAUUACUUACCCCAUUUAGCUAUGCGUAGUUUACAACCAAUAUAUUCACUGAUACGCACUCCCGAAAAAAAAUAUUUUCAAUUUACUACCCUGUUGAACCAGGAAACAAUAUAUGUCAGAUAAUCCAUUACUUUAAAUAUUCCAGUGUCAUUCUACUAAAACAUCCGUGCCAAGUAUAGAAAGCAUAUACAAAGUAAGUACUUUUUUUUCUUCAUAUUUUUAGAAUCUUUUAUGCUGAAGCUGUACUUGGGAAUUAUUACCUUUACUUUCAACACUACCCACCAAAGCAUACCCUCUAAUAAAAUUUUAACAUAAUCGAUGGAAAUGUGGCAUACAACAUAUAAAAAUACUCACUUAAGCUACUGCUAACUCAGUAAGAUUUUUCCCUGUCACAGCAAUUAUUUUCACCUAAUUGAGAUAAUGAGGUACGAUUUUUAGCUAAUGGCGGUCAGUGUCAAUUAUUCACUCAGUUAACAAGAGAGUUGCUUAUGUCACAUUUACAGAUAACCACGCCAAACUUUUAUUUGUAAGGAUGACAUCAUCAAGGUGGGUUUACAAAAAAAAAUUAUAAAUUUAACCUGGACACCAAUGAGUACACGUUUAAGUAACACCAUGAAUAACCAUUGCCUACGUUAUUAUUCAAGGCCGGGAAGGAGAGGGGGUUUUCAGCUCCGAAAUCCGUGCCGCUGCGUUUCACGCAAUGGCCGCUAGAUGUCUCUCUCAUGUGCAGUAAAAGCGGCAAUUCAACACGGAGUUGUAUGCGCAGUGUGGUCGAUUUGUAAUGUAUUACGAGUGUUCGGUAUACUGUGUAUGUUAUUUUGCAUUAAAAAUGUGUUUUUUAAAAAUUAUAUUAGGUGUUGAAAAUGUGUAAGUAACAAAAUUAUGUAUGUAGGACAUUGUAAAUAUGAUAUAAUUAUUCAGAAACUUGUAGGGCGAUUGUACAAUAUUCAAAUAUAAUUUCACAUGUGUGUUAAUUCCCGCCAUUCGAAAUGGUUUACUGUUGCGUGCCAAACUGCACGUCUGAGUCUUCAAAAUGUGAUAAAACAGUGACUUUCCAUACAUUUCCUAUACAGACUGAACUAAAGGAUAGGUGGCGAACAGCGAUUUCAAGGCAGGGUAAAACAGCUGGAUCUCUCUGGUCUCCGUCUUCGAGUUCACGAGUUUGUAGUUUACACUUCAGGACAUCUGAUUUCAGCAUAAGUACAACAAGAAAAAGAUUACUUCCAAAUGUGGUCCCUACAUUGUUCCAAGGGUAUCCUCUGCACAAACAGAGCAAAUUACCGAAACGAAGUCCAGCUUCUAGAUCCGAUGUAAGCCCGCAAAUUAAACGAAAAAAAGUGUGUAUACAAAAUGAAAACAAGGAGCUUGCAUUCUUGUCUGAAGAUAAGAUUGAAGUCAAAGAAGUAGGAAUUCAAGUAUCAUCGUUUUUUCCAUGCAGACCUAAACUCACAGCCAUAAAACACAAGUACAAACUCGUCAAACAGUCUAAUGGCCGACUCAUUCAAACUGUCAGUAGAUUGAGGAAACAAAUUAAGGAACUGAAAAAAGAAAAUAACGGCAAAAAUAAUAAACACCUGGAGAAAAUUGAAAAAAUAGAAAAAGAUGGAAAAAAUGGAAACUUAAAAGCACUAUUCUUGUUAGAGCAAAUUGAUAGCUAUGGAAAACAGCAUGUUGUUUAUGGUGAAACAACUCUCAAAAUUUGUGUACUUUGGCACAGGAAAGCAGCAGCUGGGUAUCGUUUCAUAAGAUCAAUGAACUGUUUGAAACUUCCUCAUGAAAAAACGUUGAGGGGUUAUAUUGGAUGUGCGAGUGGUGAAACUGGUAUAACUUCAGUAAUUAAAGAACGCCUUAUUUAUGAGGUCAGCAAUUUGAAUCACUCAGAAGAAAAGUUAGGUUCGCUGAUAUUAGAUGAGAUGGCGAUCAAGGCAAAAGUAAGUUAUGAUCGCAACCUUGACCAGUUCCUUGGAUAUUCAGAGGCAGAAAUUGAGGAGAUGGGUGUAAGUGAUAAAAUAGCCAACAGACUAUUGUGCUUCAUGUUUCGCGGCCUCUCCACUCCCAUCCGAAUUCCCGUCGCGUUUUAUUUUACUCGUCAAUUAACAGGACCUCAGCUGUGUAAAUUAACCAAAAAGGUGAUCGAAGAAGUAGAAGAAACAGGUUUUGAAAUUCUGCGAAUAGUUACUGAUAACUCUUCGGUAAAUGUUAGCAUGAUGAAGGAGGUGUGUGGCGGCCAAUUACUACCUGAAAUACAACACCCAAAUGAUGAAAACAGAGUAAUCUUUUUGAGUUUUGACUCGAGCCACAUUUUGAAAAAUAUUCGCACUCAGUUUCUUCAGAAGAAUUUUUUCUACAGGGGUAUAAUGAUCUCAAGCAAGCCCUUGAAAAAAUUGUACGAUGCACAGAAGCACUGUACAGUGAAACCUGUUCGAUGUCUGAACAGAAAAGUUGUUUACCCUUCGAACAUCGAAAAAAUGAAUGUGCAACGAGCCAAGUAUGUUUUUUCCCUUCCUCUGACAGCUGCAUUGAAGACUCUUCCUACAAUAGCACCUGAGUUAGUCGAAAACCACGAAAGCCUUGCUGAAACCAUACGGUUUUUGGAAUAUGUCAGAAAAUGGCACGAUAUUCACGAUGUUUGUAACACAAAGCAGGCAUAUAUGUCAAGAAACACCGACAAACUAGUGUUCACAGAACUUGACGAUGACAGACUGUCUUGGUUGCUAGAUACAUUCCUGCCUUACAUGGAAAAUAUCCAAAAGUCGAGCAGCAAACAAAAUAAACUAAGUGAAGAGACAUACGAAGCUCUAGUCGUGACAACUCAGGCAACUGUAAAAUGUAUACAACAUUUAAUAUCAGUUGGAUUUCAUUUCGUUUUAAGCAGGAACCUGAGCAGCGAUGACAUCGAACUUCUCUUCAGUCACUUGCGAAGAAAAGGUGGUUUCAACGAUAUGAUGGACGCAAGAGCAUGCAUGUAUGCAAUCGACACAACGCUAAAAACGGGUUUAAUAAAUCCUUCAGCUACAUCAAAUGUAGAAAGACAAACUUUCAAGACAUUGGAUGCAAUUGCACAUCACAAACGAAUAAGUGAGCUGAACACAGUAAUUUGUGAUGUUCCAGUUGAAGCAACAGGAAUUCUUGACGAAAAUCUUGAAGAAACUCCAGUAACGCUGCAAAUCGCGUCCUUAGCUAUGAUUGCUGGGUACUUGGUACGGGUUGCAGAAGAAAAUUUUAACUGUGCCUAUUGCCUAGAACAAAUAUCAACUCCCGAUUGUGACAGCCCGUUGCUCCGAUUGAUUAAAAUGCAAGAUCGCGGUGGUCUGUGGUACCCAUCUAGAAAAUUCGUUUUUUUCCUGAGCAAGAUACUAAAAUUUACUUGUGUCACUCUUAAACACUUAGGACGUAAACAGCUCAUCAAGAAGCUUAAAGUGUUUCUAGUGCCAAAGUUUCUUCAAUAUUUUAAGUGUUCACUGUGCAGUCAAGAAAAGCUUGCAAAUACCAUAAUAACCAAAUUUCUGAAGCCUAUUUUGGACAACGAAGCACGUUCGGUGACAGACAAAAUUGACAAACCAUCAAAAAUAUACAGAAAACUAUUGAGCCGCAAAAUUUUAAAACUGUAAGCGUAGUUCCAGGUGAGUAGCAAUUAACACUUUAUUUGGUGUUACAACUGUUACAUUCAUUUUGUUUACGACUGCUUUAUCUUUUAGAAGUAUUUGAACAUAGGGCUUCAUUGUAUUUAUCAUAACAGUUAGUUCUAAACACCAAUUUCAUGAGUUAUAGGACCAACGGUAAUUUAAACAGAUGUUUCGCGCGGUUCCGUGUACUGCACAUGAGAGAGCUACCUAGCGGCGAUCUCUGGAACUGAAUCGUCUCGCGUUUUACAUCCUCUCCUUCCCGGCCUUGAAUAAUAACGUAGGCAACGGAAUAACACCAGUUUAUAAUUGAAUUAGUCAUUGUUAAUUACAGCCAAUGAAAACGGGCGACAAUGCAGCCAUGUUAUUUAACCUGAAUUAUUGUAAUAGUAGGUAUCGUGUGUAUUUUGAAGAGCAUUUUGGUUUAUUAUUAGAAUCACAAAUAUUUUAACUUUCAGUAUCAUUUCCUGUAAUGCUAAUAUUAUCGAUUACAUCAUAAAAUGGCUUUACAGUUAAAGAAUAUUUCAAACAUUUUUUUCCUAGCCUAAAUUAUUCUAAGUGUGUAAGGGAAGGGUCCAAGUUAGGGGAGGACCUAAGUGUGUCUCAGGCCGAAGCCUAUAACCUCUACCAUGCGAGUUCUUAACCAUGCAGGACAAGGGCGCGUGCAUCAUGUGCUAAUUGGGGUUUACUGGCCAGCCAUGGCCGCGAUUGGCGCCAUGGCUGACACCCCAUUGAACGUCUAGCUUAAAAGCUAACUAAUGUGACCCACGUAGAAACCUUCAUAGACACAGGGAAAACCCUGGGCCGGGUCAUGCAUUAAGCAAGCAGGUAACUACUGGACAAGAGGGAAGAGGGUCCAGGUAAGAAGAGUUGAGCGGGGCUGAAAAAUCAACCAUGCAGGGGUUGGGUGCUUGGGCCUUGCGGCCCGCAUUUAAUUGUUGGGUACUUCUGGGUUAUUAUUAGCCAGGGGCGCAUGCGCCCCCAGGGGCGGGCGACUUCACUCGUCAGCCCAGCCUAGCUGCCAAGGCAUCCACAGCAGUGAAGAAAGAUGGCCGAGAGCACAAGUGCUCUCGACGGUGGGCAGACGAGCCAGUAGACCGGCUCGAACUGCGGGUGCACGGGGCGCAAGGCAGCCUGGUGUUGUGCCAUCUUCAUCUUCCUUCUUUAAGUCGACAGCAGUGCACCUUUCAAGCCAGGGUGGGGGAGGGUCACAACCUCGCUGCCCAAAAUCCCCGAGACGGUUGAAGGUCGCGCCGCUCGAGGCUACUACUGCCACACCAUACAGUAGCCCCAGCUAAAGGUCCAUGAAGUCUUCCUACGGAGUUCCGAUGCGUUUCAGUUCCGUUGCGCGCACAGCAGUUCACAGCUCCGCAAGUUCCAGUCCACAGUUCGUCUACACUUCGCAUCCAGGGCAUAUCGAGCUCCCCUGCGGUGCCUUCGCCGACGAAACUGCUUCCUGCCAUGCGCCGAGCAGCAUACAGGCUACCUUCCACCCCGAUAGCCAUAAUAACAAAUCCACCAGGCCGGCCAGUGGUCCGCGGCAUGUUAUUGGUUAUUCACAGUCACUCC